AUGAAGAGUAAUGUUUUCGUCGGAAUAAAAAGCCAUGAUUUCAUGGAAAGUGAUAAAUAUCAGGACAAAUACGACUAUAUGCUGGUGCCAAUUACCAAUAAUAGGUACAGGGAUGCUGUGAAGAUUUGCUAUGGCGAUUAUAAGUUGGGUAAGAAAUCUAGGCUUGAAAUUCUGGCGCCGCAGCUUCAAGAUCUUGGUGCUCCAACUAGGAGAACUACUGAAAAUGGUGUUGGAUAUAUUGGGCUAAUUGCAUCGUGGUUAGAGCUGGAAAGUCCAGAUCGCGAUAUUGCGGAGUUAAGUUUCCAGGUUUUGAAGUAUGAAUUUGAUUAUGCAAGAUGUUUUGGUAUUAAACAGGUGAUCCUAGCCCCUCCCCGGAAUCUAAACAAUCUGAAUCUUUAUGCACAGAAGAUUGCAAGACUAUUGAGAUCUGUCCCUAGAGGUGAUAACUUCAAAACUUUGCCUCUUCUUUCGAUAUCCCUUCCUCUAUUUGAGGAUAGUGAUCCAUUUUCUACGUGGGAGUUGUGGAAUACAAUUUCUAAACUUUGCAAUAACCACCCAUGUCUUACAGUCACUUUGGCGAUCCCUAGGCAUCGGACGCCAAGAUAUGUUUUGAAUAGGUGGCUUGCAGAGCCAGUCUCAUGUUUGCUGGUUUCAUCAUCGAUUUUUGUUACAAACCAAUACGAUUAUCCUGUUUUAAACAGAUACAAUCAGGAGUUGAUCACCAGUUUUCAGCAAAUCAAUGGUAAUGCUGAAAGCACAUUAGGAGAACUGACAAUUAUACUGCAUGGCAUUGAGAAAUAUGUCAAUAAUGUUAGGGGUGGCGAGACAAUUUAUUUGGACUAUAUUAAUUAUCUAUUGAAGAAGGGUGAUAAAGCAAUAGUAAGCUCUGCUGGCUCGGUUGACGCAAUUCCAAGAAUUAUGCCGCCUUUGCAGCCACAUUCAACGAAUCUAAGUAAUGAUGUCUAUCAUACUUUUGAGGAAGAGACUGCGAAGUACGACAUGUAUGAAAUUGCCAUAGGAAAGGCGCUUCAAAAGUUGGUAAACGAUAUGAAAAACAAUUGGAAACGGAAUACGCUUUCUAUAUUAGUAGCAGGAGCUGGAAGAGGCCCACUUGUUGACAGGACACUCCAGUGCCUAAAGAGAUUGAAAAUUGCCAAUUUCAAGUUGAUCGCGUUAGAAAAAAACCCACAUGCAUUACUAUAUCUGCAGAAGAAAAAUUUCGAAAACUGGGCACAAGCAGUUGAGAUUGCUCCUGUUGAUAUGCGUGAGUGGAAUUCUAAUAUUAAAAUUGAUUUAUGCAUAUCAGAAUUGUUGGGCUCUUUUGGGUGUAAUGAAUUAUCACCGGAAUGUCUUCAGCCACUGGAAAAGCGCAACUGUACUUCAAGGACAAUAUUUAUUCCAGAAUCAUAUACUUCCUACGUUGCAAUUGUAUCUACCCCUCUAGUGUAUCAAAAACUUAAAAAACUGGAGUCCAGUGCAUUCGAAUCACCCUGGGUCAUCCAUAAUAUUCCAUACUGUAUUUUAUCGAGUAAAGUCAAUGAACUCUGGACAUUUAAGCACCCAAAUAAUUCCGCUAGUACCGCUCGCUCAGUAAUUACUAACCUGACGGUAAAGCACCGAAGUGAAGUUCACGGCUUAGUAGGUUACUUUACUGCUAAUUUGUUUGGAAAUAUAGAACUUUCGAUACUCCCACCAGACUGUCCUGUGAAAUUACUAGGACAAUCCAGUUCUGAUGACAGUAAUAGUGCUGAAAACUACAAGAAAUCCAUUUACGCCAAGAACAUGAACUCAUGGUCCCCAAUUUUCUUUCCAUUAAAAAAGCCAUUGUUCGUAACUGACAACACGGAAAUGGAACUACAUAUGUCACGUAAUAUACAAGACGACAAAGUUUGGUAUGAGUGGUCAUUAGAUUGCUUCAUAUAUAACGUUGUGAAUGAAGGGGCAAAGUAUGUCGGUGCUCGUCGAGAGGUAUUGAUGAACAGCCAUAAGAAUGGCAAAAUGACUUACAAUUAUAUAGAAGGGUCCGAUUAUAUGAAGCAGUUGAAACGUAAAGCAGAUGCUUUUACCAAGUUUCAGCCCGUACGUGAAUUGCGAGGCUCCAGUGAAAUUGAUUCUACUGAAGCAAUCAUAGAAUCACAAGUGGAUAACAACACGGACUCUAAUGAGAUGUAUGAGGAGACAUUUACCGGCAAUGAAUUUGAAACGCCUGGUUUAAAUGGUUGGAGAAGUAUUCGCGAUAUUCAUGGUCUAGAGUACGCUUCGACAUCUUUUUUUGAGGAACAGCAGGUUUACGAAGACAGGGAAGAUGGAGAUACCACAACUUACGAAGAGUAUCAUUUAAGGAUUAGGACUGACGUUACUGAACUGCAUAACUUGGGUGGAAUUGCCCAUUGCAUCAAACUCUGA